AAGCUGCUUUCCAUACAAUAGCAAUUCAUUUCCCUUGAUGUAGACCAUGGGACUCACAGAACCAGAGGAGCGAGCCCGCGAGGCCCUCCUAACGACAAGUUCGCUCGGCGCAGUUGCAAGGAGCAGCAAUGUGAUAGAAGACAAGCCACGCAGGCGGCUAUGGGCCGAGUCCAAGCGUGUUCUGGGCCUGGCUGUGCCCAUAAGCCUCAGUGAGGUGGUCAGCUUCUUCGCAUACCUGGUCACCACAGCCCAGGUGGGGCACCUGGGUGCGCUGGAGCUGUCCGCCAUCACACUGGCCCGCUCCGUGUUCCACAUCACCGGCCUGUCGCUUGUGGUGGGCAUGGGCAGUGCGGUGGACACGUUCUGCGGCCAGGCGCACGGCGCGGGCCGGCACGGCGCCCUGGGUGUGGUGCUGCAGCGUGCGGCGCUCAUGUGCCUGGCCACGUGCUGCGUGCCGCUGGCGCUGUGGACACAGGCGGACUGGAUCAUGCUGCGUGUGCUGGGCCAGCGGCCGGAGGUGGUUGUCCUGGCCGCGCGCUAUGUGCAGCUGCUGGGGCCGGCGCUGUGCAUGUGGGCGGUGAGCACAUGCAUCAACUCCUACCUGCGCAGUCAGGCGGUUGUGACGCCGCUGACGGUGGUGGCUGUGCUGCACACCGCACUGACGCCGCUGGUGAACCACGUGUUCAUGUUCCAGCUCAAACUGGGCAUGGUGGGCGCGGCGGUGGCCUACAACGUGCUGCAGGCGCUGGAGCUGGCUCUGCUGCUGGGCGCCAUGGUGUGGCUGCACACGUGCCGCCAGACGCCCGCCACUCGCACCUGGAGGGGCUUCAGCAGGCAGGCGCUGGCAGGCUGGGGAGACUACAUGCGGAUCGCGCUGCCCUCCACCGCCGCAAUCUGUUUGGACUGGUGGACCUACGAGGCAAUCAUCCUCAUUGCGGGCGCGCUGCCGGACGCCAAAGUGCAGCUGGGCGCAAUGGGCCUGGCCUUCAACACGCACGCGCUGCUGUUCAUGGUGGUAGAGGGCUUCGGCGCCGCCGCCUCCACCCGGGUGGCCAACGAGCUGGGCGCGGGCCGGGGCGCGGCGGCUCGCUAUGCGGGUCUGGUGGCCCUGGGGCUGGGGGCGGCAGCGCCGCUGCUGGCCAGUGGGGCGCUGGUGGCGGCGCCGCGGCCCUGGGCGCGGCUGUACACUGAAGACGGAGCCAUCAUAGACCUGGUGGCUCGGCUGAUGCCGGUCUUGGCCCUGAGCAACAUCGCGGACAGCGUGGCGUCGGUCACCAGCGGCGUGCUGAGGGGCAGCGGGCGGCAGGAGCUGGCGUUCAAAGUCAACCUGGGGGCCUACUGGCUGCUGGGCCUGCCCGCCGCUGCCGUCCUGGCCCUGCGCUACCACCAAGGCGCCAUGGGGCUGUGGCUGGCCAUGGGCGGGGCGUCGGCGCUGCAGGCGGCCAUCCUGCUGGGCAGCACGUUGCACUUCGACUGGCCCAGGGAGGCGCGCAAUGCUCAGGAGCGUGCGCGCGCGGCAGCCGCGGCGGAAGCGGCGGAUCACGGCGCUGAGGGGACGGCGGGACUGCUGGCGCCGGCCGCAGGCGCAGCGGGAGGCGCGGCGGAAGGCGGGGCCGCUGGGGAGGCGGCGGAGGGCGAGGGGCCGCAGCGGCCGCUGACUCCGCCGCCGCUGCACGCCGGCGUGGGCAGCAGACACGGCGUGUACGAGCCACUGCUGACGGCUGAGCAUGUAGUUUGAGGGGUAGGUAGGUAGAGAGCCCAGCGGCGAGCUAGUAGUGGCAAGGGCCGGUCAUCUCACAUGGGUCCAGGAGCAGCUAGACGUCGUGAGGGACGGCGGACGGUCCGGUUUAAUCGCGCGCCGCACGCCGCCCGGCGGUACAGAAGUCACUUUCCCAGACGCAGUAUUACCGGCAUUCCAUGCAUGCAUGCGAUUCAAUCUCCACGCAUGCAAGUCCUCCUGUUGCAAUCCGCGGGUGUAAGUUGUAGGACUCGUGGAUGGAGCGAAUGCUGCGUUGAGUGUGGCCCUCUGGUCUGGGCAGGCCCUGGUGCCAACAUUAUGAGGAGCGUGCAGUCUCAGCGUGAGAUGCUGAAUUACCUGAAUAGUCUGCGUUGAAGGCGGUCAAGUGCGAUAGUUGGAGGCCGGUAUCGGAAGGAUGGCGUAUUAACUCCAGGGGCGCAUACCGUGCACCCCCUGGUGGAAGCAUAGCAGAGACAUGGCUGUGGCCAGGCAGACUGCCAUCCACACAAACUCAGGGUUGGGGCCUUCCUUUGUCAUCUCAAUUGGGUUAUACAGCAUCGCUGCGGGCGGCUUGUUACUUGUAAAUGCAGCAGCUG